AACCAAAACCAAAACCAAAGCCAAAACCAUUUCUCUCUCUCAAACUCUCUCAAAAAGUUUUGUUCUCUCUGAAAAUCUCUCAACUGCAACGAAAGAAAGCGAAAAUGCGGAUGAGCUGUAAUGGAUGCCGUAUACUACGCAAGGGGUGCAGCGAGAAUUGUAGCAUCAGACCAUGUUUGCAGUGGAUUAAGAGCCCCGAAUCUCAAGCAAACGCUACCGUUUUUCUCGCCAAGUUUUACGGCCGCGCUGGGCUCAUGAACCUCAUCAACGCCGGACCCGAAAACCUCCGACCUGCGAUUUUCCGAUCACUGCUCUACGAGGCAUGCGGGAGGAUUGUGAACCCGAUUUACGGGUCGGUUGGGUUGUUGUGGUCCGGGUCAUGGCAACUAUGCCAAGCCGCCGUGGAGAACGUGCUGAAAGGCCAGCCGAUUACUCCGAUCACCUCGGAGGCCGCGGCCAACGGGCAUGGCCCACCUCUCAAGGCGUACGACAUUCGCCACGUGUCCAAGGACGAGAACUCCGCCGCGUCCACCGACCCCCAGAAGGCAAAGACGCGCUACCGGUUCAAGAGGUCCGCCGUGAAACCCAAGCCCAACAAGACCGGGUCGGGAUCCGGAGUCGAGGACGCGGCGGCGGCUCGCUUUGAAGCCAAGCCGUACUGGGUCGGCGACGAGUUCAACCGGUCGACGAGUCACGACUCGUCGCUGAGUCAUCAGUCCGAGGCUGCCAACGUAGACGGCGACAGCAAGGAAACCGAGAGCAUGGUUUCGUCGGAGACGGCGGAGGCUUCGCUCUUGUUCCGAGCCGAGCCGGAGUCGUCGCCUCGCAAGCGAACCGCCCCGGUUCAGGAAAGCGAGUUGGCUCUGGAGCUGACUCUUGGACUCGAAUCGUCGUCAUCACGUGCACCGCACGUGGUUCCGGUCAAGAAGAGAAGGGUAGAAGCGUCAGGAUUCUGCGGUGGCUCGUCGUCGGGCGACGGCGCGUGUAAAAUGGAGCUGGGCCUUGCUUGAGCAAAGUAACUUCAAAAAGAAAAAAAGGUUCAAGUUUUGACGGCUGAUAUCGGCUCUUUUGUUCAGAUUGAAGAGAUCCUGACCCUUGCUUUUGCGCAGUAGUUUUACUUUUGUAGUAGUCCCUAGUUUGGAGUCGUUUUUACUUUUUUAACCCUUUGUGAAGCCAGCGAUGUAAAAAUGUGGGUUUGAACGUACAGCAGGAAAUGGUAAAUGAACAGAGGGGGACGAAAAUCUUUGGGUUGAUCUUGCUUUGAAUGCUCGCAGUAAAAGUGAAAGAAAAGUUGAUGUUUAUUCACAGUGCAAGUACAAGUACAAGUAUUAGUACAGUAGAGUACAAAGGUGGUGUGGGCUUUGAUCGAAGCCUUGCUUUACUUUUUGUCAGAAAUAAGAGCGUAACGCUGUUUUCCUAUGGACACAUAUUCCGCAUGC